UCUCCCUACUCCCAACAAAUGAUUAAGGUAGCCUACUGCGUAGAGGGCACACUACUCCCUUAUAAGGGUCAGAAUUUAUAGAGUUGAGUAGUAGACUGAAGUGGGUCAGAUUAGAAAACGAAAAAGGGAAAAAAAUGGAGAAAAUGAACCAGGCUUUGGAGAAGAUGAAAAUGCUGGUGGGAAUGGAUGUAGAAGAUGAAGAAGCAGCUCCUCAGCAGGAAUCUUUCAUGGAUGAUUUUAAUCGCAACUGCACUUUAUCUACCAAACAGAGGCUUUAUGGUUUUGCUAUAUGCUUGUCAACUGGUAUCGCCUGUACUCUCUUGUCAAUGCUGGUUUUCUUCAACCCGAUCAAGUUUGGAAUAACAUUUUCGUUUGGUAAUUUGCUUGCACUUGGAAGCACAGCGUUUCUUAUAGGGCCUAAACGACAAGUGACAAUGAUGCUUGACCCAGUUCGCUUAUAUGCAACUGCUAUUUAUCUAGCAAGCAUUAUCAUUGCUCUGUUUUCUGCUCUAUAUGUGCGGAACAAGCUACUUACACUCUUGGCAAUCGUAUUGGAGUUUGGUGCACUUAUUUGGUAUAGCUUGAGCUAUGUUCCUUUUGCAAGGUCCAUGGUCUCAAAAGUGAUGAUGGCUUGCUUUGACACAGAAUUCUAGGGUUCAAUAGCUUGAGGAAAGGAUUAUAAUUGCAAAUAUGUACAGUAGUAUGCAUUUAGCAAGUUCGCACCUCCAGGUGUUCUAAUCCAUAGAAUGGGUUAGGUGAGUGCACCUCGGUCAAAUGGAGAUACUUGGGAGUGAAUGAACUGUUCGUUGAUGAACUAACUUCUGAUCCUUUCUAACCCCUAAGUUUUACAUCCUUAAGCCGAGGGUUUAUCGGAAACAGCCUCUCUAUCUCUAUGAGGUAGGGGUAAGGUCUGUGUACACACUACCCUUCCCAGACCCCAUUUAUGGAAUCAAACUGGGUUUGUUGUUGUUGUUGUAAGUAAAUGGAGAUUAUUGAGUUCAUGCCAAUCUAUUCUCAAAAAAAAGAAAAAAAGGGUUAAACGACAACAAAAUUUUCUGCCG